AUGGACCGUGAUGAUGAAGCCGAGAAUGUGCAGACUGCGAUGAGGCCGCAGCUGCAGCAGAGGAGCUCCAUUCCAUCCUUUGUUCUUAUUAUCUUUAUGCUUUUCCUGCUCAUGAACCACAGCGGAGACGAGUUCUUGGCUCGGAAUCAUCACUACGAUGCGUUACGCUCUCUUACUUAUCAGCUGUCCAAUUUUACGAAUUGGAUGAACGGAUCCGAUACCAACUUUUCCAUGCCCGAUCGAAAUCCCUCACUUCGGUCUCUCGUCGAGUCACACUUGACACUCGGGUCUCGUUUGGACCCAUCUAGUGCUUCAUACUUUCCAAAUAUAACUAGGUUUAUCCGCGGGGAAAUCGACUUUCACAACAUCACCCUUCCGAGCUUGAAUGACACCCAGGCUCCCUGGACGUCGCACGCCGAAUCGUAUAUGGCAAACAUGAACAUGACGGAGAUUGUAAACUACUUAGGCACGCAGGAUUGGAAAGCAACACGAAAAAUGGCAUGGAGUGUCAUCGACCGUGCGGCUGUAGAAGAAGGUGUGUCAGACAGGCUGGCAAUAGCUCAUGGAAGAAUUGAUUUUGUUGAUGCGACAAGCGGUAACGGGGUGCGGCUUGAUUUUGAGGGUGUCCAUUUCAUAGCCAAUGGUUCGGUAUAUGGCUUUGCUGAACUUCCCGGACAUCAUAUCGACAUCAGGUACCUCCCGGCAAUCGUACCCGAGGAGUCACAGAAUGGAACUACUCUUGUCGUGCGAAAUGAACUUCAGUCACGGAUAGACAAAAUCAAGACCAUGAUAGACAAUGGGGUCAUUGACCAAGAGCCUUCGGAAGCCAACAGUGGAGUUCAUAGUGAUUGUGGAUUUUUAGUAUAUGCUCAGAUCGAACCGUCCCUAAUCUCUGAAGAACUCAUGACUGACGUUGAAAGCGAGCUACAAUCGCCAACGGGAAAAUGGACACCAAAUGUUUCCCCCUUCGCGGAAUGUGGCAUGCUCUUUCGGUUCCAUCAUGCUGAGGGACAAAGAACUCAGACAUUUCUCCGAAGAGUCAUUAACUAUGGGAGUAUUUCAGGAGUUAUCUCCCUCAUGAUGCUCGCUCUAUCGUGUCGUCACGUUGACCGUACACAUAGUCCUGCUGCUCUUCAACGUCUGUCGGUCUGGACUUUCUACACCCAGGCCAUCGUCGACGCGGUUUCUCUCGCUGCACACAUCACUUUUGCUAUCUUGGCACAUGGAACACCCUCGCUCGCGUUGAUUAUCCCAGCUUUCGCCUCCUCUAUAAUUUUUUCCAUAGAAGCGCACCAUGCAACCCUUAUCAACCAAGUCCAGGCCCCAGGAGAUGCACUUAAUACUACUAUACCCCCACCGAGACCUCCACAGCCGGCUCUACAGGACAAUGGACCAGGAGCUGAAACUGCCCAGUCAGCACAACGUCCUCAAACACCCCCUCCGCUCACGGCCCGUUCCUUCCUGACUGCUUUUGCCCGGAAUUUGUAUUCAGACCCACAGGCACGCAUCUGUACAUGUGGGAGGAGCAGUUCGUUGAGUGCCGAGUACCUCAUUGGCAUGUCAAUAUGUAGGCUGUGGUUCCCUUUCUAUUUUUUGGCGAAUUCGACGAAGGUAUUGGAUAUAGAGCCACGACGAUGGGUAUACUCCCUCGCUGCGUUCGUUCUGUUCCAAGUCGGUGUGGUUCCCCUACAGAAGUCCCUUGGCCUCGCGUUCUUUCUGCCGAAACGGUUCGCUACGGCACAAAUGUAUGACUACCAUCCCCCAAUGCCGUCAAACAUGCACGACCCCGAGGCACCGGGCCAGCUACUUGGCGACUGCUCCAUUUGCAUGGAGGUAAUCCAUGUCGAGGACUCGAAACAAUUGCAGCAGGUUACUGGCGGGCUGCUGCAAAAGGUAGGCGUCAAGAAGAGUUAUAGUGUGGCCCCGUGUCACCAUAUUUUCCAUAUGGAAUGUCUUGAAAGGUGGCUUGCUCUCAAGGUAAGCAUAAUCUUGUGUAUUGCACACUUGACAGAAACUGCUCCUUCUUUGUCAGGAGCACCCCCAACCCUCAGCACUCCUCUUUGA